AUGGAUGACAAACUCACAAUCAAUGCGGAUCUCUGGGACUACGACCUCAUGUUGCCUGAUGAUGAGAUUGCAAAAGGCUCGUGCGCGCUCGAUGCGCACAUCUCAGCCUCUAGCAAGAAAUUUAUUACUGGCAAGUACAUGGUACGUGGGCUUGAGGAGUCGAGAGACGAGGAACUGAAGGGAGAUGCGGAGAUCCAGGCUGUGGUCCAAUACUCCGCUCAUUCAUCGUAUAUCGGUAACUAG